AUGCCCGCCGUCAGAACUCCUGCCAGUGCGAGCAGCGCAGCUUCGACGAUCGGCGCUGAUAAAUCAAGAAGCAAAACGGGCGGUCAAGCUUUCGUGCAGGAGCCUCCACGUCUCUUUCCAAAGGCAAAGCCAGUCAAGCCAGGAAGCAAUUGGUCCAAGCUAAGAAAGUCAUUACCAACCAACGCGUUUGCUCAAGCCGAAGCUUUGCGCAAGAAGCGGCGAUUAUCUUCGGCGCAAAUGUCGGAGCUUUCAAAAAUUUCUUCAUCGGAAGCUUCUUCUUCUAGAAGUGCUUAUGGUUCUCCAGUGCCAACCACAUUACCCUGGUUCGCCGAGGACUUGGACCCGGAGGACCUGGAGAUGGUCAGGCGGAGCCAUGCGAAUCCUUCUGCUCUCCUUGAUAAGGGCAAGACCCCUGUGAAGGGAAGCGGAGUGAUGAGCGAUGAGGCACUCAAGAUGCAAGUGAUUCUCGGAGGUAAUUCACAAGAUUCAGAGGGCAAGAGAGAAGUGGGGCAAUACCUGGCGCUGGACUGCGAAAUGGUGGGAGUGGGAGCUCAAGGCUCCGAGUCGGUCUUGGCAAGAGUGUCGGUGGUCAAUUGGCACGGGCACUGCGUGCUCGACACCUUCGUCAAGCCCAAAGAAGCAGUGACAGACUAUCGGACAUGGGUGUCCGGUGUGCGAGCAGCGAAUUUAAAGAACGCGCCUUCGUUCGAAGAGGUUCAAGAACGGGUCAGCAAGCUGAUCCACGGCAGAGUGCUCAUCGGGCACGCGGUGCACAACGAUCUGUCCGCUCUGCUCUUGGAUCACCCUCGUAGAGAUAUACGCGACACGGCGAAAUUUCAACCUUUGCGAGAUCUGGCCAAAUCAAAGUAUCCAGGUUUGAGGAAAUUAGCGAGUCUGGUGUUGGGCAUCGACAUUCAAAAGUCUGGCAGGUCUCAUUCUUCGAUUGAGGAUGCUCAAGCUACCAUGGCCAUCUAUCGUACUCAACAUUCCGCCUGGCAAAAAUCUUUGGGCCGCAAUGUACCCACGAGCUGGGAGGUGGAGGAAGAGGCGGACGAAGAGCUGGCCGAUACGACCGCUGAUGGUGCUGAGCCUCUUCGCGUGGCGUCGGCGCAGCACAGUAGCAAGCCGCUCAAGAAGCCAGCAAACAUAAUCCAACCUAGACCUAGAAAGCCUUCUGCGACAAGCAAUAGACCCGCACAAGCUCGAGCGAAGCACACUGCUGCUCCUGGCUGGUGGAACGAAUGA